UUUGGUUAGUAGGAGGGGGUAAGUUGAGCUCGGGACUGCAGACGCUCCGCUCCUCCGCUGGUAUUCCAGGAAUGUGUUGAUCAUGGCGGCCGCAGUGAAGCCCGUGAAGAGCGGACUGCUGGAGCUCCGCGUUACCGUGCACCACUGGAUCCGUGUGCUCGCCGCACUCAGCGAGGACUCGUUCACCGUGAGCCCCGGAGACACCGCCGAUGAGUCCGCGAACAGCUGCUCGCCCGCGCCCGGAGGGGCUGUUAACGGGGAUCCGGCGAACCUCAGCACCUCCCCGGUACCGGACACCAUCACGAACGUCAAACGAACCGUCCGAGUCACCAAACAAGAAGUUGGAGGACUCGGAAUAAGUAUUAAAGGUGGUAAGGAGAAUAAGAUGCCCAUCCUGAUCUCAAAGAUCUUCAAAGGACUGGCGGCGGACCAGACGGAGGCUCUUUACGUGGGCGAUGCGAUUCUGUCCGUCAACGGCUACGACCUCAGAGAGGCCACUCAUGACGAGGCUGUUCAGGCCCUGAAGAAAACCGGCAAAGAGGUAAUUCUGGAAGUGAAGUAUAUAAAGGAGAUGUCGGUGUUUUUUAAGGCUGGAUCGACAACGGGACCCCCAGUGCUUGAUUCCCCUCCAGCCACCCCGCAGAAACAGACGGACCCCGCUCUUAAAGAGACCCGGACCAUCCUGCUCCGAAUGUGCCAUGUGACACGCAAACAGUGUCCGCCUGACACAGAGGACAGGUAUUUUGAGGUGGUGUCGUCAGACAGGAAGAAGGCUGUGUUUCUGCGGGCUAAAGAUCACGCCAUGGCUCAGGCCUGGUACAACGCCAUCCAGACCGGAAGUACAGCGUUACUGAGCAGUGCUAAAGCUGAGCUCAAAGCCCUGCAGCCGAGUCUGGAUGACCCUGCCAAAAGUUAA